CAUGCGCAGGAGCGUGGUCGUUUGACAGGCGGCUGUUUGUUUGUGUCAGGAUUUCUUCAUUUCGGUCUUCAGAUUAUGUCGCGAUACGGGCGACACGGAGGCGAAACGAAGGUGUACGUGGGUAACCUGGGCACCGGGGCAGGUAAGGGUGAGCUGGAGCGGGCGUUCAGCUAUUACGGGCCGCUGAGGACGGUGUGGAUCGCUCGCAACCCGCCGGGAUUCGCCUUCGUGGAGUUUGAAGAUCCCAGAGACGCCGAGGACGCCGUCCGGGGCCUCGAUGGCAAGGUGAUUUGUGGCUCUCGCGUGCGUGUCGAACUGUCCACCGGAAUGCCGCGGCGCUCCCGCUACGACCGUCCGCCCACCCGACGGCCCUUCGACCCCAACGACCGCUGCUACGAGUGCGGCGAGAAGGGCCACUACGCGUACGACUGUCAUCGCUACAGUCGGCGGCGCUGGAGCAGGUCUCGCUCCCGUUCCCGCUCACGCUCUCGCUCUCGGUCCAGAGGGAGGAGAUACGGGCGCUCUCGCAGCCGCAGCAGAGGGAGAAGGUCUAGAUCUUUCUCUCCCCGUCGUUCUCGCUCUGGUUCUCCCAGACGCUCCAGAUCUGCAACUCCAAAACGCUCGAGGUCCAGAUCCCGCUCUCGCUCCCGAUCCGGCUCGGCUCCCAGAAGCAGGUCUGGUUCAAUAAGGAGAUCAAAAUCUGGCUCUGCGGCUAGGAGCUGCUCCAAGUCUAGAGCUCCACCUCAGACGCAGAGGUAGGUCUGUGGAUGGGAAACUGUAUUUCAGGAGCUCGACGUGAGCGUUUCUUGUGUUCCGUUUGCAGCCGGUCGGCCUCUCGAAGCCCCGCGGGAAGUGAGAGUCCGGAGCGAGACGACUGACGCUCCUGCCGUUCUUCACCAAGCACCUCAGUUUGUUUAUUGCAGUACAAUUAAAGUAAUCAUUAAAAAUGUGAGUUUGAUUGUAAGGAAGCUCUAGUGAGCAGCAGAAUGUUUUGAGUUUAUUUUUCUGUAGCUGAAGAGAGAUUUUGUGUGAUUUUGUACCUGUUUUGUUGUGUAGCGCACACACACACACACACACACACACACACACACACACUUUGGUUGGGUUUUGUAUGUGUGUAUUAAACGAAGUGAAAACGCUUUGAUCUCUGAGAUUUCUUCAUGCACUAAUGACGCUGUUCCAGCAGGUGGCGCUGUCGUUCAACACAUUCGAUUUCACAGAAAACACCAUUUGCAACCCAUUCCACUGUUGUGUCAAAAACAAACACUGCAUGGCAUCAAGACACAUACACAGUUUAGUGUGUCUUCCUGUCAUCUGCACUGUUUCUCAAGUGUCCUCGUUGGCCUGAUAUCCCACAAUCCUGUGCCUGCUCUCCAGAUGCUGGAAAUCAUUGUAUGUGUGGGUGUGAUUAAAAACAUAAAAAAGUAAAUGAAUUCAUAAAUGUGACUGUUUUAAUGUUUCAUUUUGACAGUGAGUCCUGGUUUAUGUCUGACACUCACUUGUUUGUUCUAAAUCAGAGAUUCACAAACUUUUUCACCAGUCAAACCCCUCUGUGCUACAAUAUGUGCUUUUAAUACAGUAGGUGUGUAUUAUUUACAUAUUUAAAUAAAAAUUGAUCAACACUUUGAUGUUGGUUAAAUGUCACAUGACAUGCAGG